AUGCGAGUCGAGGAAGGCUUCCAACCCGUACCCUUUCAGGAGGAGAACACUUACACCAGCGAUCCCGUUCUUCCAGAUCUAUUGAAACGUACACUCCCCCCAAGUGUAUUCCAACAAAUAGAGCCAGACCUAAUCCGCCUCGGCGGAGAAAUCAUCACCUCAAUCCGCUCCCUUGGGGAUGGCAACAAAAUCUCUCCGCCAAUAUUGACUCAAUACGACCAAUGGGGUCGAAGGGUGGAUAAUCUGCAGACAAGCGAAGGGUGGAGGGACCUCAAGGCAGUCGCUCAGAAGGAAGGGAUUCCUGGUAUAUUCUAUGAACGCAAAUUUAAGGAGCACAGUCGUGUUUAUGGGUUCGCAAAGAUGAUGAUGAUGGUUGGGGAUACCCAUGAGGUAUUCUGUCCGUUGAGUAUGACAGAUGGAAGUGCCCGAGUAAUUGAGCUCAUCGGAACUCCUGAAAUGAAGAAGAAGAUACUGCCACGACUCAUAAGCCGCGACCCGUCUUUUGCGUUUACAUCAGGACAAUGGAUGACAGAACGUCCAGGGGGCUCAGACGUGUCAAGAACGGAGACGACAGCGGUGGACACCGGGAAGAGCCAUUCGUUUGGGCCCAAAUACAGCCUAAACGGUUUUAAAUGGUUUUCCAGUGCAACGGAUAGCGAAGUGUCCGUUGCCCUUGCUCGCACAGGUACCGCCGAGGAUGGAUCGCGGGGCCUCUCGUUGUUCCUCGUUCCUCUGCGGCUACCUUUGCUACGAGAACGUUCAGACCCCCCGUCAUCCCCUGUGAGCAACAACAUCUUCGUUCACAGGCUGAAGAACAAGAUCGGGACCCACGCACUACCAACAGCUGAACUAACUUUGACCUCGACGGAAGCGUACUUAAUGGGAGAACCCAACCAGGGAAUCAAGAAUAUCACGCCGGUGCUAAACAUAACGCGACUAUGGUCUGCUGCGACUUCAGUCGGCAAUUUGCGUAAAUGCCUCUCCAUUGCAACGGCAUAUGCCAAAGUCCGUUCUAUAAAGGGUGGAAGCCAACUCCUUCAGGACACUCCAAUUCAUGUCGCCCAACUGGCAUCUAUCAAUCUGCUGUACAGAGCUCUGACCCACCUGACAUUUGGUGUCAUUAGCUUGCUGGGAAAGUCAGAGUGUGGUGUUGCGACAACUGAUGAGCUUCGCAGACUUAGGAUGCUGACGCCCGCGGCCAAGGCUUUCGCUGCAGAGAAGGCUUGUGCUGGGAUGGAGGAAGCUAUGGCGGCUCUUGGCGGAGCUGGUUAUAUGGAAGAGAACGGAAUUGGUCGCUCCAUCCGAGAUGCAUUGGUGGAGAAGAUAUGGGAAGGAACGGUGGUUGUCCUGGCCCUUGAUCUUGCAAGGUCUGCUCAAGACCGCGAAUCAAUGGAAUCAUUCACCUCUUGGGCGAACAGAGUGAUCAGCAGCGCCGCUUCAGAUCUGCAGGAAAUUAUUCAAAGACCUUUAGACCUCUUGAAGAAUGCUCUUGAAGAGCUCCGUACAGCGUAUACUCAGCCUCUGCCACCUUUGAUCCCUCGACCAGCUCUUAUGCUUGUUGCCAGCAUUGCUUCAUCUGUGUAUCUCCUUGAACACGCAAUCUGGUCUAGAACAACACAGGGACACUCCAGUGAGGUGGAUGUGGAAGUGUUCAGGAGAUGGGUCCUGGAAGGCGGCACAGCUGCAGCGAUUGAAGAUGUGAAGAAAGCUAAAGAGGGUGCAAACAAUCGGAUUGACAAUAACUUUGCGAUUACCUUUGGGAAUAAGCGGAAGGCUAGAAUGUAGUUUCUACCUGCGACACUCUUCUCAAAUGAAACUAAUCGUACAUUGCUGGUU